CCGGAAGUGUUGAAGCUGAAAAGGAACCCGUGAGGUCUAGAGCAGCCUUUCAGUCUUUGGAAGAUGCGGAAGUGAUCGCUUUUUCGCCGGUGCUACGGCUAACCUCUACAGCGGUCUGCACCCUCACUGGGGUGGGGUCCGACCUGCCUCGUUCCCAGGUCCUUUGGCUCCUGUCUCGGAAAGACGGCCUCCUGUUACACGAUGCCCUCGUUCGGACUCCGGCACAGGAGGGCCUGGGCUUCACUGUUUAGCCAGCUCCUGCGACCGUCCGGUCUUGUGUGCAUCAGGGAGGUACAUUUUCAUAGUCAGGUUUCAGAGGCAGUGUUAACGUCCCAACUGAAACCACAUCAAGAAAAAUCAAAUUUUAUUAUUAAGACACCAAAGGGCACCAGAGAUCUUAGUCCCCAGCAGAUGGUUAUAAGGGAGAAAAUUCUUGAUAUGGUUGUUGGCUGCUUUAAACGUCACGGAGCAAAGAGAUUAGAUACUCCAGCAUUUGAACUUAAGGAAAUGCUCACUGAGAAGUAUGGAGAGGACUCUGGGCUAAUCUAUGAUCUGAAGGAUCAAGGUGGAGAGCUGUUGUCCCUGCGCUAUGACCUUACUGUUCCUUUUGCUCGUUAUCUCGCUAUGAAUAAAGUGAAGAGGAUGAAACGCUACCAUGUUGGAAAGGUGUGGCGGCGAGAGAGCCCAACCAUAGUCCAAGGCCGCUACAGGGAGUUCUGCCAGUGUGAUUUUGACAUUGCUGGUCAGUUUGACCCUAUGAUCCCCGAUGCAGAGUGCUUAAAGAUUAUGUGUGAAAUCCUAAGUGGGUUGCAGUUGGGGGACUUUCUCAUUAAGGUCAAUGAUCGGCGGAUUUUGGAUGGGAUGUUGGCUGUCUGUGGUGUUCCUGAAAGCAAGUUCCAUGCCAUCUGCUCCUCAAUAGACAAACUAGACAAGAUAUCGUGGAAUGAUGUAAGACAUGAGAUGGUGGCAAAGAAAGGCCUGGCUCCUGAAGUGGCUGAUAGAAUUGGUGACUAUGUUCAAUGUCAUGGUGGGGUAUCCUUAAUAGAGGAAAUGUUCCAGGAUUCUAGACUAUCCCAGAACAAGCAGGCCCUAGAGGGCUUGGGGGACUUGAAGCUGCUAUUUGAAUACCUGACUUUAUUUGGAAUUCCUGAGAAGAUCUCUUUUGACCUAAGCCUAGCUCGGGGACUGGACUACUAUACUGGAGUGAUCUAUGAAGCAGUGCUACUACAGACCCCAGCUCAGGCUGAGGAGUCCCUCAAUGUGGGCAGUGUGGCUGCUGGUGGACGCUAUGAUGGGUUGGUGGGCAUGUUUGACCCCAAGGGCCACAGAGUGCCGUGUGUGGGGCUCAGUAUUGGGGUGGAGCGAAUCUUCGCCAUUUUGGAACAGAGGAUAAAGACUUCUGGUCAGAAGAUACGGACCACAGAGACCCAAGUGUUUGUGGCUACACCACAGAAGAACUUUCUUCAUGAACGGUUGAAGCUAAUUUCAGAGCUUUGGGAUGCUGGGAUCAAGGCAGAGCUGCUGUAUAAGAACAACCCGAAACUACUAACUCAACUGCACUACUGUGAGCACAUGGGCAUUCCAUUGGUGGUCAUUAUUGGUGAGCAAGAACUGAAAGAAGGCGUAAUCAAGCUUCGUUCAGUGGUCAGCAGGGAGGAGGUGGCCAUUAAACGGGAAAAUCUUGUGGCUGAAAUUCAGAAGAGACUAUCUGAGUCUUAAUCCUUGCCUGCUUGCCAUCUACUGCUCUUUCUAGAAGGUGUUUCUUCUAGGACUGAGUUCCUGAUGGACUUCACAACUGCUGGCCAGGAUGAGUGACAAGUUCCUCUGCCUCCUCCAUCCUUUCUGGGUACAGAACUGUAGGAGGUCCUGAGGAUUCCUGGGCUAGUGUGAGCAGCUAUUCUGCAUGGGUGCAGAUGGCUGGUAUGUGGAAGAGGCAUGCUCUAACUGCAGAGACAGAUGGCAGAUUUGAAGUGCCAUUGAAUGCUGCCAAGAGGUGCUGAGAUGGUUGCUUUGAGCAAGGCUCUAGGAAAGUUGCCUCAGGCCGAGACCAUUGAGAUCAGAAGUCAGAUACUUAAUUUUCCACUAUGGCUUCUGACCACAUUUGGGGAAAUUUGUCCACAACCUGCCCUUGGCUUGUCCAGGGAGUUUUGGGAGACAGCAAGGAAGGGGCAAAUGGCUGCUUUCUCCUUUGUUUGAGGACAAAGAUGCUGUCCUAAGGGUAUAGCAGUGCUCAUUUUGACAUGUAAUCUGUCUAGUCCAUCCACUCUUAAUAGAGUGAGGCUGUCUUUAUAGUAAUCUUGAAUGUUGAAUUCAAUAGGUGACUGACAAAAUGGUCUAAUCUUUUGAGAUUUUGGAGAUCAUUUCCUGUGCCAGAAUUAUUCCUUGACUAUAUUCUAUGUUCUCCUAUGGAGGUGGCUGUUCUAGAAGUGAUUGGAUAAUACAUUAAAUAAAAUAUUAAAUGUA